AUGGAUCUAUUGGUGAGUCUAGGACGGUUUCGAAGCGUCGACCGUGCCUUUUGUCCUCAUGAACCUCGUAACGGUUCUGACAUUCCCAGCAUGCGAAAUUGGCCACUUUUUGCAUUCUUGGCAGGAUUGGUUUUCUUCUUCUAUGUGUUUUACGUGUACCAAGCACAAAGCACUGAGUUUGCCAUGACUCGAAGUGAACUGGACGAUCAGAUGCAGAAAGUUCGGAACUUGAAAAGGGAACUUUUCGAUGCAAAAGCAGAGCUCGAACGCCUAAAGUCUUCGGAAGCUUCCUUGAAAUCUGAAAACGAGAAAUCUAGCAAAUUAAAAGAAGAGUGUUCGAAUUCACUUCGUAGUUGUAAACUAAACACUGAGAAUCUUCAAGCGCAAGUUAAAAAGGCGGAAGAAACGUCGAGUCUCAAAGAGCAGCAGACCAAGGAUCUUCAAGCUAAAAUUGAUGAACUCACAAAAGCAAAUGAAGAUUUGAGGAAGAACGCUUCCGAUCGAGAAGAAGAGAGAAAACAGCUUAAGGCUGAGCUGGAGAAGCUGCAAAGCCAACUCAAUGAGCGAAAAUCACAUGGUAAGGAUGUCGUUGCUCCUGCUGCUGAUCAAAAUGUCCCAGUUGCACGAGAUGAUGGUGUCAGUGGCACUGAAAGGAAACAGAGGAGCUUUGAGGUGGAAGAAAAGAAAAGUGAAACGUUAAACGAUAACAACACCAAAGAAUUUCGUAUUUCUAACGACUUAGCGGGAAAAAUGGGUUUGGUUGCGAAGGUUCCAGAAGAUGAGAAGAAAGAUGCUCCCCAAGUAGUGCCGCCACCGCAACAUCAUGCUCAGGAAGUCAAAUCGAGACUUGCCGCUGCGGAACAUGAUGAUGAUGGUCAGGAGAAACCUGUUGUGAAAGGUGGAGAUUACGAAGACAAGCUAGGUUCGUUGUUGAAAGUCUACUGA